AGGAAUUCAACUACAAACGAAAACCUUUGAUGAACUUCAGAUGGCUUGUCUAGUGAAGGAACCAUCUACAUUGAAAAAUUUCUUGAGUCCUUUUUUAAUAUUUUUGCCUGUUAUGACUGGAGACGUUGAUGCCAUUGAAAGAAUGGCUUACGAAUUUUGCGAAGAUGCUUCAAAAGAAGGAAUACUCUACGCCGAAGCAAGGUACGCCCCUCACGAACUGUCCACCACUCAGUGUGAUUCCCCUUUACCUACUGCCAGAACUGUUUCACCUUCAGAUGUGGUUGAACAUGUUAACAAAGGACUCUCCCGAGGUUGCGAGAAGUUUGGAAUAAAGGUCAGAAGCAUACUUUGUUGUAUUCGAGGGAGAUCUGAGUGGUCUGAAGAUGUUCUGCGACUAUGUGCUGAAUAUAAAAAUGAUGGUGUUGUAGGAAUAGAUAUAGCUGGUGAUGCUGAGGCUAAUACUCAUACUUCAGACAAAGAUAUAGCUAUUUUCAAGAAGGCAGCAUCCAUGAGCAUACAUCGUACUGCUCAUGCAGGCGAAGAUGGUCCAGCUUCUCAAGUUAAAUUCUCCUUAGAAGAACUUUUAGUAGAAAGAAUAGGUCAUGGCUACCAUGUUGUUGACGACCCUGAAAUCUACUCCCAGUGCCUCAAAUCCGGUGUUCACUUUGAGACAUGCCCAUUAUCGAGUAUUCUCACAGGAGCAGUGUCUUUGAACGAUGAUACCAAACAUCCCAUUGUUAGAUUUGCUGAGGAUGGAGCAAAUUUUUCGAUUAGUAGAGAUGAUCCUACAUUGAUACAAAGAUCCCUUGAUGAUGAUUACGAAUUUCUCCGCUGCUUGGGCUUGGAGGAGAAACAUUUUAUAAAAGCUAAUUUCAACGCAGCUCGUAGCUCAUUCUUACCAGAAGAAGAGAAGAAAGAUCUGCUGGAGCAAUUAAGAAUCGCUUAUAAUAUACAAAAAGAUGAAUAUUAGCCAUCUUCUAUUUACUAUUUAAAUAAAUAAGUAUUUUCGACCUGGGAACUACAUUUACAUAGUUUAAUUUUCUUUUGUAAUGACUGUUUUACACUGUAAUUUGAAAAUUGUCAUUUAAUAAAAUAUAUAGUUUACCUAA